AUGGAUGUGGACAUUCAGGUUGGAGAGGGUGAUCCUGGAACUGGACCUGGACCUGGUGCUGGAGUUGGAGCUGGUGUGGGUGCAGGGGCAGGGGCAGAUCUGGGAGUAGAUGUUGGGGUGGAUGCAGGUGUGAAAGUAGGCGUAGACGGUAGCCUAGACACUGACCUUGGACCCGGACCUGGAUCUGGGGCUAAGCCUGGUGCUGGGCCUGGUGUUAAGUCUGGAGAAGGUGCUGGACUUAAACCAGGUGUCAAACCGGGACCAGGAACAACGCCAAAACCAAAAGCACUACCAAAAAGCUAUCCAGUUAAGAUAGCAGUGAAUAAUGUACCAGAGGGAGUAGCAUUCAUACCGAACACCAAGAAAGUUCCUGUAUCAGAAGAUCCGAAGGAAAUCCCUAAGGACAGUGUGAUCACAGUGUUUGCUGCUGUCGAUCCAGACACAGGGAAACCAGCUGAAGAUGUCAGUUAUGCCAAAGCCUAUGAUCCAGGCAACUGGUUUACCAUUGAUGAAGAAACAGCUGAGAUUAAACUUAACACAGUGCCAGACAGAGAAUCUCCAUUCUUGGUGAACGGUACCUACAUUGCCAAGAUUCUGGCCAUAAGCAAAGACAUGCCAACGACGAUUGCCACGGGAACAAUAGUCAUUCAAGUCACCGACUCCAACGACCACUGUCCCACCCUCACCACCACCCACGGUAGUCUGUGCUCUGAUGAAAGAACUGUUUAUUUCACUGGUUCUGAUGAAGACGUUAGACCCAAUGCUGCUUCGUUCACCUUCAGAAUCAUACUUGAUGGGACACAAGGCAGCUGGGACAUAGAAGUUAUCAAUGAGACAACCGCUGCUGUUCACGCUAAAAAGAUGCUAUGGCCUGGCUCAUAUGAGCUACAUCUGGAAGUGGCAGAUGCUCAGGGUGUGUCCUGCCCGGCCGAAGAGGGUUUUACUGUGCACGUUUGUACCUGUGUGGAAACAAAGGACUGCAGCUUACAGAGUGUAGCCAGAGUAGGAGGUACUUCGUCAGCUCUCUCUGCCCCAGCCAUCGGCCUACUACUGACGUCACUAUGCUUACUACUGUUCAUUCCACUUCUCCUGCUGUUCUGCCAGUGUGGCGGAGCAGACACCAUCUUUCCUGACCAAUUUAAUGAUUUGCCAUUUGAUGCCAAAGAUCACCUCAUAUCCUACCACACUGAAGGCAGAGGUGAAGAUAAGGAAUUACCACUUCAAAGUAUCCCUGUCAUGUUGGGUAUGCAAAGGAGGGAUGAGACAGCAUCAGCACUUAACAGCAACAUCCCUUCAAAAAUCGCAGAAGCCCAUCAGACGGCUACAUUCUACAGUGAAUCUGUGCAGAAGUUUCAGGAAAGCAGCCAUGAUGUGAUGGAGCUUGACAAUACCUACAGGUUUUCAGGGGAGUCAUUCAACCAUGGCAGUGGUGGUGCUACAUUCAGCAGACAAACAUUUGGUACCCAAAACACAAUAUCUCUGUAUGAGGACAUGGCCCUACCGUACGCUUUCCUCAGUGAUUACUACUCACAGAAAGCUGCGUGCAAUGUGCCAGUGAAGGAUGGUGUGUUGGAGUAUGAGCUUGAAGAUGAGGGCUCCUCUGCUGGCUUAGUGGACUGCUGCAGCCUCCUAGAGUCUAACAACGACCUACAGUUUCUCGAUGACCUUGGGCCAAAGUUCAAGACUCUGGCUGAGAUCUGUUCCCCUCCUGCACAAAAAACCUCCCUGACAUACAAAACCGUAGGUGCUGUCAAAACCACUGUUGAUAUUGCUAAACCUCUUGUUAAGCCCAUGGGUGAGCACGCUGUUGAAACAACACAGCAUAGUGACACAAAGGCAGAGAAAGUGAUGUCCGCAGCUAACAUCUCCAAGUCUUCUGCCAGUACUGUAAGCGCUGCCCCGCAGUCUAUGACACUUCCUCGCCCCAAGGUUACCAACAGUACUCAUUCUUCUAACAUCAGUCCCUCUGCUACUCUGCCCCCCCCCAGUUCAGAAUGUUGUGCCACAGCAGCCAGUUUACAUCACCACCAGCCCUGUACUACAGCCCAUGCACUAUGUAGUUCAACCACAGGUACAGAAAAUGGUUCUUCUAGUAGAUGGGGCUCAUGGAGCCAAUUAUCCAGGCUUGUAUGUAGUCAGUGA